UUUUUUGUUCUUUUAAUAAAUGAGAAGAGAUAAUUCUUAUAAAUGUGCUUAAAAACAUCUUAAGCGUCCCCAUCUAAAGAUAUAAAACCUCUGAGAAAGAUUGUAAUGACAACAAUAAAUAAUGAUAAACAGUAUUCAGUUAAUGCAAUAGCAUAAUAAUGGAGGAUGUUAUCAAGAGAAAACAGAAUCAAUCGGUUAACAGAAAGCAUGUGACAAUAAAAAUAGAUAAUGUCACUGAGGAAAGCCAAAUUAUUUCAAAUAUUCAGAAAAUAAUUUUUAAUAUUGUUAAAACUAUAUCGGAAGGUAAGGUGCCAUCCAUACUUAUUAGAAAUCAACGAUUGUGGAAUAACUGCAAUGUUAAUGAUGACAGAUUAGAGCUUAAAGAUCUUGAUGAUGCUGUAUCUUUGGAAAUAAAAUAUGAUCAGAAGCUAUCCAAAGAUUUUACACACAUUGUUUACCUACUAGGAAGAGUGUAUAAAUUGCUUAUGACCAAGUCCAUCUGCACAAAAAGGGAAUUAUAUUAUGAAAACACUAGCCUUUUUGAAGAUCAAUCUCAGCUGGAUGCAGUGGCCGAUAAGGUUUGCUGCCUCCUUGAUGUAGCAAGGUGGGAUGUCGGUUUGUCUGCCUCAUCAAAGGGCCUUGUGGCUGGCAAUUUAUUUAUUACUACCCCUUCUGGUGAUAUUAUCGACUGCUCUUCUUCAGAUGGAGUUUCGGUUCCUCAAUUCAUAUCAUCUGGCAUUCACUUACAAUCUGAUGCCAAAUUUGUGCUGGUUGUCGAAAAAGAUUCAGCUUUUCAAAAACUACUUGAGGAAGAUUUUUUAAAGCGUCAUAAACCGUGUAUAAUGGUGACUGGAAAAGGAUUUCCAGAUUUAUACACAAGACUACUGGUAAAGUUUAUUUGGGAACAAUUGAAGCUGCCAAUCUAUGCUCUUGUAGAUGCCGAUGUAUAUGGAAUCGAUAUUAUGUGUGUUUAUAGGUUUGGUUCUCUGAAACAGUCUCAUAUUGGAGAAAGAUUAGCCGUUCCUGCUUUAAAAUGGUUGGGUGUUCAUCCAUCCGACAUAACGGAGCUGAACAUCAAUAGCAAUCCACUGUCUGAUUCUGACAAGAGGAGGAGUGAGCAUUUGAUAUCAAGGCCUUACUUCUCUGAGGGCAGUCUUAUUAGAAAGGAGCUGAAAACACUUUUGGAGAUUGGUAAGAAGAGUGAAAUAGAAGAUAUUGCAAAAAUUUCCAAUGGAUAUCUCACUGAUGUUUAUGUACCAAUGAAAAUAUCUUCGCACCAGAUAAUAUAA